UUUUAUUUACUCUUUUUUCCCUUUGUUUCUCUUGUUUUUAUUUUCUUUUUAAAAAAACACAUAGAAAAAACAUGUCUAGCAGUAGUAGUAGUACCAACGUUGUAGGAGUUCACUACAAAGUUGGUCGAAAGUUGGGAGAAGGAAGCUUUGGCAUCAUUUAUGAAGGGACCAAUCUAUUAAAUAAUCUCCAGGUAGCCAUCAAAUUUGAACCUAGAAAAUCAGAUGCACCGCAAUUAAGAGACGAAUACAGAACAUAUAAAAUCUUAUCUGGAACUGCUGGAAUACCCUCUGCUUAUUAUUUUGGUCAAGAAGGGCUUCACAAUAUUCUUGUGAUUGAUCUUUUAGGACCCAGUUUAGAGGAUCUAUUUGACAGCUGUUCUAGAAAGUUUAGUGUCAAAACAGUAGCCACACUUGCACGUAAUAUGAUCACUAGAAUUCAAAACGUACACGAAAAUAAUUUGAUUUACCGUGAUAUUAAACCCGACAAUUUCUUGAUUGGUAGACAAGGUACAGCCGACGCCAACACAGUGUAUUUGAUUGAUUUUGGUAUGGCUAAACAGUAUCGAGAUCCAAAAAGUAAACAACAUAUCCCAUACCGUGAAAAAAAGAGCCUUUCAGGUACAGCGAGAUAUAUGAGUAUCAAUACACAUUUAGGAAGAGAACAAUCUAGAAGAGAUGACUUAGAAUCAUUGGGUCAUGUAUUCAUGUAUUUUUUGAGAGGAUCAUUACCUUGGCAAGGAUUAAAAGCAGCAACCAAUAAACAGAAGUACGAAAAAAUUGGAGAGAAAAAACAGACAACCACAAUUAAGGAUUUAUGUAUGGGAUUUCCAGACGAAUUCGGUAUCUACCUUCAGUAUGUUCGAAAAUUAGGAUUCGAAGAAACUCCAGAUUAUGAUUUUUUAAGAGAUUUGUUUACAAAAGUGCUCAUCAAUCAUGGUGACAGUGAUGAUAGUUUAUAUGAUUGGUCAUUGUUGAACAACGGAAAAGGGCUGACAAAAGUGGCAACGCGUACAAAUAAUAACACUGCUCUUGGUACCCGCGCUAUUACAACUGAACCUUACACGCAGCAGAAUUACUCCCGUACACAGCCUCCUCUCAUGAAUUUAAAUCCAACUCCUAUCGCGGCCGAUUAUGACGAUUCUUCACGGAAAAAGGGGUUCUGGAAUCAGUUUAUUUCUUUUGUUACAUGUGGUUUACUAUCAUGUUUUUAAUCUCGUGUGACCUUACCUGUCAGAAAUUAUUAUAUUUUCUGUUUUAUCUAUUUUAUAAACAUUUUUCAUUUGCUAUAACUUUUAA